CGAGCCCUAAAGCCCCCUUUUCCUCUUUCCGCAUCGCGAACCCUAACCGAACCCUUGCGCCGCCGCUGCCGCCUCCGUCCGGAUCCAAGCCGCCGCCGACCGCAACCAUGGGCUUCGACGUGGGCGUCGUCCCCUUCAACCCCGACGGCUGGGGCCCUCCUGAGACCCCGGCCGCGCCGCCGUCCCUGGGCGGUGCCACCGCCACGGCCUCCAUCCCCUUCGCGCCCUUCUCCCGCUCCGAUAAGCUGGGCCGCAUCGCCGACUGGACGCGCAACCCCGGCGGCCCCGGGAUGCACCCCGCCGCCUCGCGCGACUCCGUCUUCGACUUCACCUCCGCUGACGACUCCCUCGCCGCCGCGGCCGAGGACUCCUCGUUCCACCUCGUCGACGCCAAGCCGCCGCCGCGACACCCGCGCUUCGGCCCCAAGUGGCGCUUCAACCAGCGCCCGCAGCUCCCCCAGCGCCGCGACGAGGAGGUCGAGGCCAAGCGCCGCGAGGCCGAGAAGGAGCGCGCCCGCCGCGAGCGCCACUACCAGAACCACCGCUCGCACCACCACCAGGGCUUCCGCGGCAACCAGUCCUCCUCCGCCAAGCCUUCCGUCGACAUCCAGCCCGACUGGACCAUGCGUGAGCAGAUCCCCUUCGCCAACUUCACCAAGCUCUCCUUCACCGUCAACGACCAGCCCGAGGAUCUCCUCGUCUGCGGCGCCGUUGAGUUCUACGACCGCGCCUAUGACCGCGUCAACCCCAAGGCCGCCCGCCGCCUCGAGCGCUUCAAGUCCCGCAACUUCUUCAAGGUCACCACCACCGACGACCCUGUCAUCCGCCGCCUCGCCGAGGAGGACAAGGCCACGGUGUUCGCCACCGAUGCAAUCCUGGCUGCUCUCAUGUGCACGCCUCGCAGCAUCCUGUCAUGGGACAUUGUCGUGCAGCGCGUUGGGAACAAGCUCUUUUUUGACAAGCGUGAUGGCUCUCAGCUCGAUCUGCUCACUGUAAAUGAGACUGCCCAGGAGCAGCUCCCUGAGAAUAAGGAUGACAUCAACUCGGCACAUGCUCUUGCGGUCGAGGCGACCUACAUCAACCAGAACUUCUCGCAGCAGGUGCUUGUUCAUGAAGGCGAGAAGGUUACCUUUGAUGAGCCUAACCCGUUUGCAUCUGAGGGCGAGGAUGCGGCAUCCAAUGGCUACCGCUAUCGCCGCUGGAAGCUGGAUGAGGAGAUCAGCAUUAUUGCUCGCUGUGAAGUGCAUGCUGCCAGUGCUGAUGCAAGCGGUGGUCGCCAGUUCUUCACGCUCAAUGCACUCAAUGAGUUUGAUCCUAAGAUUACUGGUGUUGACUGGAGGCAGAAGCUUGAGACCCAGCGCGGGGCUGUGCUUGCUACAGAGCUCAAGAACAAUGCCAACAAACUUGCUCGCUGGACUUGCCAGGCUUUGCUUUCUGGUGCUGACAUGAUGAAGUUGGGUUAUGUGUCACGAGUUCACCCCCGUGAUCACUACAACCAUUCCAUACUCACCGUGAUGGGGUACAAACCAAGGGAUUUUGCUGCACAGAUCAACCUCAACACUGCAAACAUGUGGGGUAUUGUCAAGUCAAUUGUGGACAUAUGCAUGAAGUUUGAAGAAGGCAAGUAUGUGCUUGUGAAAGAUCCUGCGAAGCCACAGGUGAGGAUCUACUCGGUGCCUAAUGAUGCAUUUGAGAAUGAUUAUGUUGAAGAGCCACUGCCGGAGGAGGAGCAGGUUCGGUUACCUACAGAUGAUGUCGACGCCACUGCAGAGGAGAUGGACGCAGCUGCUGAGGCAGAGGCCAAUAAAGCUGCCACAGGCGGUGUGGGUGAGAAGAAUGCCGAAGCUACUGUUGCCUGAAGGGUAUAAUUGGUUAUCUUGCCUUCUCUAGAUAUAUGUCUUCUCUGGUUUAUGAUCUGUUUUGAUGGGUUACUUGAAGAGUUGAACUGCGUGGUAUCGAUACUGUGUUCUCGUUUUGAUCUAUCAGAAAACUGUUGAUUUUCAAUUUUUAUGCUUGGAUGUGCUAAAUUUGUUAGCACCUAUCGAUUGGAUUUAAUGACUAUGCUGGCAGUUUAAUAUCACUUCUAGUGGUUUAUCGACGAUAUUUUUUUCA